GUCAUCACCUCAACUCAUCGCAUUCGUUGCUGUGGCCUGUGCCUGGCCAGCUUUUGGUCGGACCAUGGAUCGCUGCUCCUUGGCACUGGAGAUGGCCAACUUGGGCGUUCCCCUCGAUCAGCUGGCCAGGUGGACUUGCCUUGCCAAGCACGAGAGCGCCUAUCGCACCGAAGUGCUUGGCUCCAACAACUACGGCAUCUUCCAGAUUGGCAAUCACUGGUGCAAGCCCAGCAACAAUCGCUACUCCCAAAAUGCCUGCUCCUUGAGCUGCAGCGAUCUGUUGACCGAUGACAUCACCAGUUCCGUUCAAUGUGCCCAGAAGAUUCUUGGCACGCGAGGCUGGUCUGCCUGGGCCACUUUGCCUCUGUGCUCAGCCGAGCUGCCCCCCAUCGAUGACUGCUUCUAA